AAUUUGCUAUUUAUACCUUGAACUACCUACCAAAUCUUUUCUAACUUUACUCUCUAUCUGCCGAGUCUUAUAACCCUAUUCAAAAUGAACAAGACUAAGGAAACUAUUCGUGACUUUAUUGGCAAGUCUGGCCAUCACGACACUACUGUGCACGAGUCAGUUCAGCCUGCUGUCAAGAAGGAGACCAUCAAGCCCACAGAGCAUGAAGAGAUUAAUACCGCCGUGGACAAGGAAAUCCACCAAGAUCACUACCACCGCACGGUUCAGCCCGUUCAUGAUAAGGAGGUUCUCCCUGAGCAGCAUCAGCACAAGGUCGGGACUGUUCAACAUCGAGACUACGACCACCGAGACCAUGAGAGCACAAAGAGGGCCUUAGCGGCCGAGAACGAAAGGUUCAGAGACGAGCAAGUCAUCCAAGGUACCACACAUACCAGAGAACAUGCCCCUACAGUCCAGGGCGAGCAUAUCCAUCACCACGUCCACGAGACUAUCCAGCCCGUGCUCCACAAGGAAACCAUCCAGCCCAGCGUUGUCCACACGACGGUGCCAAUCCACGAGACUCACCACAACCCUGCGCAGCACCACUCCACGACCUCCCUGCCGCCUAUCAGCGCAGAGGAAUACCGACAACACGGAGGCGCUCUGGACGGACAGAAGGAGCGCUUCGAUUCGUUCGAGGGCGAGCCGAGGAGCAUCCGGGGAACCAUCGAGACCAUGCACGAGGAAGGCCGCGGUCUCAAGAACCCCCCUGACGGCGUCUUCCACGGAGAUUUCAACCCCUUGGACGGAGGUCGGGACCACCACUUCAAGGGCAGUGCCGGCGGGGCGACUGCCACAGGCGCAGGCACAGGCGUUGGCGCAAGUACGGGUUCGAAUACCGGCACGAGCCAAGGCAUGUCCAGCCAAUCGGCCGCCCAGAGGGAAUACCGCGACGGCGCAAGGCGAACGUCGGGCACUUCUGGCGUGUCCGGAACGCGGAAAGAGAACCCGAGUCUGUUGAACAAGUUGAACCCCUUGACGGACUCGAACGGGGAUGGAAAGGCCGGAUUUAUGAAAUAAGUAAUGAUGAUGAUGAUGACCCUGAAUUGGAUGAUUUAAAAAUUCCGUACGGGUUAUGGAUGGUGUUAGAAUUUCUCGGAAUUAUAGGCCAUGUGUUUACUAGCACAAUAUAAUAAUGGUAGUAGUAGUAAAG